AUGAACCUGGUAGACCAAGCCUAUCUCUCCAGGGAGCUGGGAGAGGAAGAGCUGAAGAUGCUGGCAGCAACCUACUGCGGUCUGGCUGCCCAUGAGGAUGACUCUGUCCGGGCAUCAGCCAUUCAACAUCUGGGGCUGCUUCGGGCCUGGGCCAGAGACCAAAGGCUUCCCGUAACAACAACAACAGAAGAAGAAGAAGCCAUUAAUGAACUGGUCAUCGUCCUCAUUCACCUGGAAGACGAGGAUGAGGUGGCCAAGGCCGCAAGGAGGGCUCUUUCCCAUCUAGCCCCAAAAGUCAAGUGGUGGGCCCAUCCCAACAAAUUUAGCCUCCACUUUGCACUCCACCAGGCUGCCAAGCAUCUGAGCAAGACCUUCAGCAAGAACAUCCUUCGGAGUGCUGCCUUGACAUGUACCAAGCCGUCGGCCAACAGGCUGCCAGCCGUCUCCAGGGUGGCAGCUCUGCUUCUGGGGCUGGAAGAGAUGCAGCAGCACGAGGAAGAAGGGCUCAGGCGGACAGGGAGGAGCUGCCUGAACAUCAUGCAGCGGGCCUUGGAACAUCGGCAGAAAGGCAGGGUCCAGCGCCUUGUGAGGAGGCUGCUCCGCUGUGGUCACAGGGAACCUUACCCGCAGGACUUCCUGAGCUGCAUGCCAGAACAUCCGCAGUAGCGCCAGGCCAAGGCAACGUGAACAUCAGAGUUGUGCUGCAGAGAUACCAUCUUCUGCUCUCCGCGGGAUCCAGUCUAGACCAGCGCCAGGAACAUCAACGCCACCAGGAUCGACCAAGAGGAGUGGUGCUGCCCUCAAG